UCGAUACUAUCGAUUAGUUCCUGGUAAUGAAAGACCUUUAACCUGCUAAAAAAAAACAUCAAAGUCACUAUUAUAUGUGGUAAAUAAAAAUCAACUGCGUUCAAAAUUAAAGAGGACACCGCCUCAUCCAAACGGACAAACAUACAUUUCGUUUCAUGUAUACUUCCAUCCGAUAAUAUAUUUCCCCGCAGAGUAAAAAAAAAGGAAGGGACAACAAAAUGGAAUCAAACGUUGUUGAGGAUUUGACACAAAAGUCUGUGGAUACGGAAAAUGUUUUGAAGAACGAUGAAUCUACGUUUCUGGCAAACAUACUUCGCGAAAUUCUCUACAGUCCCAUGAACUUGGCUCUUUUGGGCAUUAUCUGUUUCUUGGUGUAUAAAAUCGUUCGGGAUCGCACAGAAGUGCCCAGUGUCGGUGCCCCAAAGCCAUCUGAGCCGGAGCUACCUAAAAUACGCAGAGAUUUUACGGUAAAAGAACUCCGGCAGUACGAUGGAAAUCAGCCGGAUGGCCGCGUUUUGGUGGCGGUCAAUGGCAGUAUUUACGAUGUUAGCAAAGGAAAGCGAUUUUAUGGGCCAGGUGGACCAUACGCUACCUUCGCGGGAAGAGAUGCCUCUCGCAAUUUGGCCACUUUCAGCGUAGACUCCAAUGAUAAGGACGAGUACGACGACCUGAGCGAUUUAACUGCCGUGGAGAUGGACUCAGUGCGGGAAUGGGAGAUGCAGUUCAAAGAAAAAUAUGAGCUGGUGGGAAAGCUAUUGCGCAAGGGCGAGCAACCAACUAACUACGAUGACGAUGAGGAUGACGAAAGUGUUGCAAACGUUGAGGACACCACUGCCGCUGCUGCUGCUGCUGAUAUCUUGAGCGAUCAAAGCGAGGGGGCGCGAAAACGUCAGCCCGACAGGUCGAAAGCGGAGGGCAAUGGUCCCAAUGCGAGCACAACUAAGGCGCAGAAUGAAUCUACCGAUUGUUAGCACGCCCAUAUAAUAUACACGCAUCCUUUUUUUUGUUUGGUUAGAAAGCAUACAUACGUCUAAACGUUUACAAAAUAAUAACCUGCAGCAUUUCUUCAGAUUAUUUUCUAAAUGCUGGGUCUGCUCCUCUUUUUGGUAAAUUGAAACAACAACUUGAGCGAUAAAAGACAUUAUUCAAAUUAUGUGUAUCAUUACGAAAGGAAACCGUUAUUUAAGAAAAACCAUACAUACAUACACAUACACAUCUACGAGGGAUUUUUAUUAAUAUUGUAUUUAGUUUGCAGCCUUGAAACAGCUAUAAUUGUUACUACCAUUUAUCACGUUGUGGCUCAAAUUGGUCCACAACAAUAAUUGUAUAUGCAUCCAAAUUAAAACGGAAAUUGUAAAGUUUUUUAAAGGAGAGGGCAAAUUUGUGUGAGGGUAUAAAAUACUUCAAAUAAAAGUGAAUAACUCUA